ACUCAGCUCAGCAGCCCGGGCUUCACUUAAAGUGGAUCGUUAAAGAAGAGAUGACACAUCAGUCACUCACCUCACAGAGUCAACACUGGAGCAGUCUGUAAAACUGAAUGUGAUUAACCGGGAGCCGUGGAGCUGACAGAAUCAGUGGAUUUACCUUCCUGUGGUUCAGAUGCAUUCUCAAAGACAUCAAUGACUUUUAUUACGGAAAUUCAUGAACCCAAUCCCACGCUGCCUGAAAAAUAGAAACAACAGGGUAUGCUCGUUGGACAGCAGUGAUCUAUUUGAGUUCUGCCAACUGAUUUUUGACUGUGACGACAUGUCUCUUCCCAAGCGGAGGAAAAUCAGGACUUUUGCUCUGCUGUGUUGUGUCAUUACAUUUACAACACUCCUGUUCAGUUACACUUUCCGGGACCCCUCACUCUACUUCUUCAAGUAUGCCUUUCGCCUGUCGGAUAACUUUUUCUCCAAAGGGCUGUGCGCCUGCCAGCAGUGCAUGACGGAGCUGGAGGACGACCCCUGGUUUGCUGAGCGCUUCAAUCAGUCCGUCCACCCUCUGAUGACCAGGGAGAACAGCGUUCUCUCGGAUGAAACCUUUAAAUGGUGGCAGUGGUUGCAGUCAGAGAGGCAGCCGGCCAACUUCAGUGAAGUGGUGGAGGAGCUGUUCCAAGUCAUCCCUGACGAGGUGCUCUACAUGGACGCCAGUCCUGAGCGCUGCAGGACCUGCGCCGUGGUGGGCAACUCUGGGAAUCUGAAGGGGGCCCAGUAUGGCGAUCUCAUCGACUCCUGUGAUUUCAUCAUAAGAAUGAACCAGGCUCCCACCACUGGUUUUGAGGAGGACGUGGGCGCCCGAACAACACAUCAUGUCAUGUAUCCAGAGAGUGCCAUCGACCUGGACAACACCACCAGUCUGGUGCUGAUCCCCUUCAAGACUCUGGACCUGCAGUGGAUCAUUAGUGCUCUGACCACGGGCACCAUUAAACACACGUAUACACCUGUUACAUCCAGGAUAAAGGCAAACAAAGAUAAGGUAUUGAUUUACAGUCCAACAUUUUUCAAAUACGUCUACGAGUCUUGGCUCGAGGGUCACGGACGCUAUCCUUCCACCGGCUUCCUCAGCUUACUGCUCGCUAUCCACAUAUGUGAUGAGGUAAGCGUGUUUGGAUUCGGCGCCGACCAGUACGGAAACUGGCACCACUACUGGGAAGAGAACCAUUUGGCCGGAGCAUUCCGACAUACGGGAGUCCAUGAUGGAGAUUACGAAUAUAAUGUCACCCUGCUGCUGGCAGACAAGCACAAAAUCCGAAUGUUUCGAGGCAGAUGAUACCGAGCCCAUAUGUGCAGCGGGUUGACCACCGAAUGAACCUCGGCAGCCUUCUUAGUGUUUAUUUUUCCCGCCCCUCAUGCUGGACUUUUGUCAUGAUUUCAAAAGACAUUUUCACACGAACUCUUCUGGUCCGUCCAGUUUCUCUCUCUCUUCGCUUAACAUAGUGUUUAAGAUAUGCCACUGCAAUUGACAAACCGGCAGAGUUUUCUGUCUAUGUGUGCCCAGACACAGGCAACGACAGACCAUCAAUAGGACAAAAGCAACACUGCCAUUUGUUUCAGUAAU